UAUUUUUUCGGUUAAUCUAUAGAUUAUUUUUUUCGAUGAAUCUAUAGAUUAUUUUUCCUUUUACCGAUUUUUUUUUAUUUUUUUAAAUGAAGACGAAAAAAUAAAUUUAGGCCAGUUUUUUCAGAAGGCAUGCCUUUUAUUUACAAAAAAAAAAGUGUGGCCACUCAGUCAACAUUGACAACAACAUGACAACAUAUUCUGUAACAAUGUAAACCUUUAAAACUUUUAACAUUUAACAAAACUAAAAGUAGCUUAUUUGCUUUUUAAUGUGCAAAUAUAAAAUAAACAUACAGUGCAAAUCUUAAUAUUCUGCAAUAGUAUAAGCAUUCCAAAGGUAAAAGUAUUGCUUAUUUUUGCUUUAAAAUGUGCAAAAAUAAAGAUAAACAUCCAAUACAAAAAAGUGCGUAUUUCCUUGAAUUGGCGCCGGGUGUAUAGUAUUCGCAUGCCUCCAAUUACUGCCGGGUCAAACUCGUUUCGCAAAAUAAUUAGCGCAUGCCUGGCCUUACCGCCGGCUCAGGAUUAACGCCGGAUCAAACUCAGUUCGCAAAAUAUUCAUUUUAUUAGUGCAUGUCUGGAAUUUUCGCCGGGUCAAACUCGUUUUGCAAAAUAAUUAGCAUAUGUCUCGGACUUCCGCCGGGUCAAACUCGUCACGUCAUGAGUGACACUUCACCUGUCAUCAUUUUCAAAAUGGAGGAGGCCGAUUUCAAUCAUUUGAAAUCACAUAAAGGGAAGAAGAUUAAGAGCUAUUCAGUAGGAUUUAAGGUCCAAGCUAUUGAAUCUGCUAAAAAGAACAGUAAGCAGCUAUGUUUUAUUAAUAUACCGUAGCUGCGUGUGUCAAAUAUGAGUCAUUAAAUGACUCCCGCCUCCUGGUGGUAGAGGGCGCUAGUGAUCCUUCUUGCGACUACCGGUACUAGGGAUGUCCCGAUCCGAUCUUUGGAUCGGAUCGGCCGCCGAUAUUUGCCAAAAAAUGCGCAUCGGCAAGGCAUGGGAAAAUGCUGAUCCAGAUCCAGUUUAAAAAACUCCGGUCCGUGUUUUCCAACGCACCGAUUUAAAUAAUACAUUCCACUUUUCUGCUGCUCCCUAUAAUUACCGUUCCGCAUUUUCCAGCACACCUUCAACACAUCCACAGGUCUGUGGAUUCUCACGCAGUUGCUUUUAGCUGCUGGCAUAACACGACAGGCUCUUCUCACUCUUUUCUGUGUCUCCCUCUCACAGACAGCAAGCGCACCUUCUUACACACGUCACAUACUGUCACGUCAUACGUCACAUGCUGUCACGACACACGUCACAUACUGUCACGUCAUACGUCACAUACGUAUACGCCCUCUCCCAGCAGAGAGGUAGCAGCAUGGCUAACGUUAGCUGUGAUGCUAGCGCAGCCGUGCGAGCAACGCUCCAUCUAAGGUGCGCGCCUGCGCAAUUACGCACUGCUCAAGCGUCCUCUGCGCACGGCAAAUCUAUGCCACGCACAAAAUCAAAUAAAAAAAUAAGCGCAUAACAAUGUUCGACACACGGACACGACAGAGAAAACAGUUUUCGUCAUCAUUGUUCAAAUAUUGUGACGUCUGUCGAGACGCUUAUCUCCGUUCGGUGCCACACGUCCACACCAUCAAAAUGCCGAGGCAAACAUUUCCACAUCAACACCGUAUGAAAAAAUGCGUGAUUUUUUUAGUUGUGAUUUCCUUCUCUGCAUGAAAGCAGCAUAUAUGAAUGCAGUAUGAAGAAGAAUGUUUUAAUGUAGACAUGCAAGCCUUGAAAGAAAAUGUUGAAAACCUAGACUACAUUUCUUGCAAAUGGGUGCAUUUCUACCCUAUAUUUUAACUUUAGAUUUAUUCUCAUAUCAAACUCUUUUGGCUGUCUUUUUGACACUUACAUCCACACCCCGGAUUAUAAAUAAUGUCAAUAAUUCAAUGUGAUGACUGUAUUAUGAUGAUAGCAUAUAUCUGAUAGUAUAUGUCUGUAUCAUGAAUCAAUUUAAGUGGACCCCGACUUAAACAAGUGUAAAAACGUAUUGGGGUGUUACCAUUUAGUGGUCAAUUGUACGGAAUAUGUACUUCACUGUGCAACCUACUAAUACAAGUAAAUGAUAAAUGAUAAAUGGGUUGUACUUGUAUAGCGCUUUUCUACCUUCAAGGUACUCAAAGCGCUUUGACACUACUUCCACAUUUACCCAUUCACACACACAUUCACACACUGAUGGAGGGAGCUGCCAUGCAAGGCGCUAACCAGCAGCCAUCAGGAGCAAGGGUGAAGUGUCUUGCUCAGGACACAACGGACAUGACGAGGUUGGUACUAGGUGGGGAUUGAACCAGGGACCCUCAGGUUGCGCACGGCCACUCUACCACUGCGCCACGCCGUCCCAAGUCUCAAUCAAUCAAUCCAAACACAUAGAAUCAUCAUACUGCUGUGAUUAUAUGCAUCAAGUGUUCAUUCAAGGCUAAGGCAAAAUAUCGCGAUAUAUAUUGUGUAUCGCAAUAUGGCCUUAAAAUAUGGCAAUAUUAAAAAAAGGCCAUAUCGCCCAGCCCUAGUUCAAUGAUGCCAUUUCUGUUUGUCAUGUAUAAUUUGGUCUAUUUUGUGUUUAUCCUUGAAGAAACAGGUCAGUUUCUUGUUACCAACCAUUGUGUAUUAUUCAAAGUCCCCUAAUUCAGCUGGCUAGUUGUUAUCAAGAGUACCGAAACCCUUUUCAACAUGAUUCUGACAACUAAGUAGGCUAAAUAACUUUCAACUUGAAUACAUGCUCGGAUAGGUCAGUAUCGGUAUCGUAUCGGAAGUGCAAAAACAAUAUCGAUAUCGGAUCGGAAGUGCAAAAACCUGGAUCGGUGCUGCAGAAGAAGACAACAAGCCACAAGAGUGAGCAGCGAUCGUUUGCUUGCACUUUUAACAUGGAGGAUUACAUAUCUCAAAUAAAACCGUUUUCUAAACUGGACUUUCAAUGGAAGCAGGAGGUAAUACUUAAAGGAAUAUCUCCAUCGAGACAGAGAGACUUUUAAAACUGAAGAAAGAUAAAGAAGGCUUCUAUAAACAGGUUAUCCAUGCUUUUGAUCAGAAGCAGCUGCGCAUGGACUCAUAAGUAAAGAAUUUGAAAGUUCUGCGCGUGAAGCCGGUGAGUAACGUAGAAAAUGAACGUUUCAAAAGUUCAAUAAGGUUAACUUAGGCUAUCUUUUGCUCGACGCAGUGAAUGUGUGCAGGUUACAUGCUACGAUAUUGCACAUAUUUCCAACUGGUUGAAACCAAAGCCUAUGACUUUAUUGUCAGUGUUGUUUGUAGGCCCAGGUCGCUAACGUUACUUUGUUACUGUCAACAACGUAACGUUAACGUUGAGGGUAACGUAGUGGAAACAGACGUUCUUUGCCUUGAUAAAUAUGCAGAGGACGACGUGUUUCAAAUAUUGGUGAAAUGUUUGAAUUAAGCAGUUACUGCAUAUGUGAAAGUUUUUUUGAAAUGAUCAGACUUUGGAGAAAAAAGCAAAAUCCUAAUAUGUUCAGAAGGGCUGUCUAACGGAGUCGCCCUCGCCAAUAAGGGAUUGACCACGUAAUGCAGUACACUAUACAUCAUCAUAUGCAUUUUGCAUCUUAAGUCACAUUCUCUGUUAUGUUCUAGUACCAUAGAGUGGUUGGAAAUAAAGUUUGUCAUUUUGAGCAACAUUUGUGAGUAUUUGUUCAUUUUAAAACACCAUUUGGUUAUGCCAUUCACCAUGAUUUGGAAAGAAAUGACAUUUGUUUAUUGUCUCCCUGCAGAUCUUGUGUGACGUCUCUGCGCCACACAAGAGAGUACAAAUCACACAAGAGACUGAGAGAGAGCAGAUACUGAUAGAGAAACUCAUGCACACAACCUUUGGCCUUCGCCGGCGACACAUUGUUCAAGGAAGUCCAGGGGUGCGGGAAUUCCUGGAGAACUGGCCGGCCUCACAGGUGUUUGCAGAGUUUCAUCGUAUUACAAAUGUGAAUCCACGCAACCAGUUCUACUGUGAACUUGAGCGCUACACACCAAAACUGGUUGCACUGUAUCGACAGAAGUCCUCAAGGACUGGAAAGGGAGCAGAGGCACUGCAAGAGAUGCUGAGAAUUGAUGACUUGGAGGAAGAAUAUGACAUCAACAUGCGACGCACUCUGGUUCUUCGUGGACUUCCAGUGUAUCUCCGGGAGGAUGACACUGAAUUCUACAAAACCUGUAAUGGUGAAGAUGAGAUGGAGACCACUGACACACCACUGGCGUUUCUCUCUGUGGCCCCUGACUCCACUGGUUCCAGCAGCUUCAGCCCGGAGAACAUAUCCAUCGUGAUAGAGGAUGAAGUUGUUAUGAGCGAGCUUCCCAGGUUGGCUGAUGCAUUUGUGGUGCUGCUUGGUUCAAUCUAUGCAUCACACUUAGAUCAGUGCUUCUUAACCCGGGUUCCAUCCAACCCUAGGGGUCGGCCUCAGGGGUUCGGCGGAGCCUCCGCCACGUUGGUAAAGACACAUCCGACUUAUCGUGUAAAUAAAAACUUCUCCCUGUCGGCGUAUUAUGGAUACUCCCAAACAAUGUUCCCUCUAAUUUUCCAUCUGAUUUGCCGGUUGUUUGAUUGAUCGAUUGAAACGUUUACUAGCAGAUUGCAAAGGAGGAGAAUACAUGAUAUGAAACAGUACAGUACAUAUUCCGUACAAUUGACCACUAAAUGGUAACACCCCAAUAAGUUUUUCAACUUGUUUAAGUCGGGGUCCACGUUAAUCAAUUCAUGGUAAUGUGUGUGAGGUGUGUUAUUUGUUGUGAGUUUAUGCACUGUGUUGGUUUUGUUCUUUGAACAAGGUGAUGUUCAUGCACGCUUCAUUUUGUGCACCAGUAAAAUAACAGCACUUUUUCUUGAAUUUGAAAAAAAACCCAUUUUAUUUUUCACUAAAGUGAAACUGGCGGGGCUCGGUACCUCCAACAAGGUUAAGAACCACUGACUUGGAUUAUCCAAAGAAAGUCACUCACACAUUCACAUUCAUCCAGAAAGUCCUGCUGUGUCUGGAUGAUAACAAAGCACUGAAGCCAUGCCUACUCUGCCUGAAAAAUGACUUGUUCAAGUUUGAGUAACGAAGCAGCUGAGAAGUGCAUGCCUGCACUCAUUAACCAUGCAUAAAUGUGCUUCAGAUCAGCAUCAUUAUUGCAGCCAUGUUGUUCUACUGUUAACCUGUCUGAUUUCCAUAGACAUGUCUGUUCAAAUGUUGAAAGCACUUUUGCGUAUGCCCAGUGGGCUUUUUAUAACUUUAGAAUGAGAGGUAAAUAUUUAGUUCAUUUUAUUGUACUGCCUCCUUGACCUCACUGAGCUGAGUCAGCCCUCAGUUGUAAUGAUGAUUCAGUUAUUUAUUUAUAUUAGCUUUUCUUUUCUUUUCUUCUGUUUUAUUUGGAAUGUUUUUUUAUUUUCCUCAUUUGCACACAUUUAGAUGUCUGCGCUGCUGCUUUCAUAAGUUUUUUUCUCUUCCUUGAGAAAAUACAGUGCAGAGAAAGGGAAGUUUGUUCAUCCCCAAUGAUUCAAAAUAGGCUGCUAAAAUAUAUUUGUAAAAAAAAAAGUUUGACUCCAGGUGUUGCACUUUAAUGUUAUUCGACAUUUCACAGUUUUACUAAGUCUGUUCUGGGAAAAUAAAAAACUUAAAAUGUAACAGUUGUUAUUGCCUUUUUAAAAGGUACGUUUUA